GUAAUCCACAGGUUACAAGAUUACAAAUUGGAUGGGCUUGUGGAUUGUGGAGGGCAGGAAGGCUCUGCAGAGGAAACUUGGCGGGCUGGAUUGAAGGGCUGAUACUAAAGGUGUGAGGGUAAAGGCCAAGUGCCAGGUCCUACACUUGGGUUACACAAACCCUCUGGAAUGCUCCAGGCUGGGGGAAGAGGCUGGAGAGCUGGGAAAGGCGCUGGGGGUGCUGGUGACAGCAGUGAACCUGAGCCCAGGUGGGCAAAAGGCUACGGCACCUGGGCUGUCCCAGCACUGCUGUGGCCACAGGCACGUCCCGUGUUCUGGCACUGCUGGGCACCUCCAGCCCUAGGGACAGAUCUGGAGCCCUCAUGGCAAGAGAGGGGCUGUCUAAAGAAGGGAAUGGAGUGGGGGAAGGGUCUGGAGCACCAGGAGGAGCUGCAGGGACUCGGCCUGGAGAAAAGGAGGCUCAGGGGACAUUCUGGCUCUCCACAACUCCCUGACAGAAGGGUGAAGCCAGGGGGUGUGUCAGCCUCUGCUGCCAGGGAACAAGGGACAGGACAGCCUCAAGCUCUGCCAGGACAUGCAGAGGAAUUUCUUCAUAUAAAGUGGUGUGAAGAAUCAGAAAGGGCUACUCAGGAAUGUGGUGGAGUCCCCAGCCCUGGAGGUGUCCAAGGAAUGACUGGACAUGGCAUUCAGUGCUCUGGUCUGCGUGACAAGGUGGGGAUUGGUCACAGGUUGGGCUCAAUGAUACUAGAGGGUUUUUACAACCUUAAGGAUUCUGUGAAAUCCAUCUGGCUCCUUUCCCAGCUCUGCUCCAGGGCCGCCCCGUUACUCCCAUGGUAGCUCAGCAACCAUGUGUCAGCCCAGCACUGGCACUGCUGUUCCGGGUCUCCCGGAGCUCUUACAGCCAUGGAGCCCGCGGGGCAGCGCACUGCCCGGGGAGGGGAAGGGGCUCCGGGGGGGUUUGGUGGGGGACAGGUCCUGAAGCCCUAUGACAGCUUCAUCCGCACCCACCUGCGCUUCUACGGCUACUUCCGAGGUGAGCCCUGGCCGCUCUGCGGUGUCCCCUGCUGGCCCUGGGCCGUGUCCCCUCCUGCCCCCUGGCUGCAGCGCUGUUCUCCCCAAGAUGAGAAGAUGGGCAGGGAAGAGACUGCUGUGUCCUUGGGGGAACGCUCCAGGCAGCAUCCCAAGGCAUCCACCAUGGGCAACACUGGCCCUGGCUGGCAGCGAGGUGCUGGGCACGAGGCAAACCCCCCCAGGGUGGUGGAGCAGGCCCCCCACCAGGGCAGGCUGGCUCCCUCAACAAAGCCCUGGAUGUCUCCAGGAGAGCCACAGGCUCCAUUCUCCUUCCCUGCUCCCCGCUGGCCUGUGGAGUGUGAAGUCAUCCCGGAGACAAUUGAGCACAUCGAGUGGGUCCCCCCCAAACCAGAGCCCUUCUGCCCACCCAUGGGCCCAGAGCAACCCACGUGCAGUCUCAGUGAGGAGCAGGGCACCAUUGUCUACCACUGCAGCCCAGGUAACGGAGCACAGGCAGCACCCCUGAGUGCCUCUGCUCUCCCCAGACCCCACCACGGUUCCUGCUUCCCCACAGCGCUCCAAGGCUCCUGCUUUACCCGUGCUCGGGUUGGGGGUGCCCCGGGGCCACUCUCCUCGCCAGCAGCCCCCUUGGAGGGUCCACAGGACACCACGCUGCUCUUCGAGUCCCGCUUUGAGAGUGGGAACCUCCAGAAGGCCAUCAAGGUGGGUCCCUACGAGUAUGUGCUGAUGCUGCGGCCGGACCUGUACACAGCCAAACACACACAGUGGUUCUACUUUCGUGUCCAAAACAUGCGGCAGGAGCCGCUCUACCGCUUCACCAUCGCCAACAUGGCCAAGCCCAAGAGCCUCUAUGGCCAGGGCCUGCGGCCCCUGCUCUACUCCCAGCAGGAUGCCCAGAGCUGUGGCAUAGGCUGGCGCCGGGUGGGGACCGACAUCCGCUACUGCCGCGGCAGUGCCGGGGAGCCGCCGCUGUUCCAGCUCAGCUGGACGGUGCGCUUCCCGCACGACGGCGACACCUGCUUCUUCGCCGCCGGCUACCCCUACACCUACUCGGAGCUGCAGCGCUACCUGCGCGGGCUGGCGGCCGACCCGGCGCGCUCCCGGUUCUGCACGGUGCAGGCGCUGUGCCGCAGCCUGGCCGGCAACCGCGUGUACCUGCUGACUAUCACCGGCCCGGGCGGCACGGCCGGCAAGCGCGUGGUGGUGGCGAGCGCCCGAGUGCACCCCGGAGAGAGCGGUGGCUCCUGGGCCAUGAAGGGAUUCCUCGAUUUCCUGCUCAGCGCCCACGCGGACGCGCAGCUCCUGCGCCGCCUCUUCGUCUUCAAGGUGGUGCCCAUGCUCAAUCCCGACGGGGUGGUGGUGGGCAACUCCCGCUGCUCCCUGGCGGGACAGGAUCCCAACAGGGCUUAUGGGAUGGCGCUUCCUGGCUCCUUCCCUGGCGUGUGGCACCUGCGGGCCAUGGUGCGGAGGGUGCUGGCGGAGCAGGAGGUGGUGCUGUACUGCGACUUCCACGGGCACAGCCGGAAGAACAAUGUCUUCAUGUACGGCUGCGAUGCCGGCGGGGAUGGCGCCGGGACUCGGCUGCGCCAGCGCGUGUUCCCCCUGAUGCUGAGCAAAAACGCCCCCGAUAAGUUCUCCUUCUCCAGCUGCAAGUUCCAGGUGCAGAAGAGCAAAGAGCGGACAGGCCGGGUCUCCAUGUGGCGCCUGGGCGUCUCCCACAGCUACACCCUAGAGGUGGCUUUCAGUGGCUCCACGCUGGGUGGAAGGAAAUCCCACUUUAGCGUGCAGGACCUGGAGUCACUGGGUCGCCUCCUCUGUGACACCCUGCUCGACUUCUGCAACCCUGCACCCGCCAAGCUCCAGCAGUGCCUGGUGGAGGCGGACGCGCUGCUGCAGCGGCAGAUGGGUCGUGAGCCAGGCUCUGGAGGCAGCUGGAGCGAUGUGUCCCCCUCAGAGCUUGAGUCCAGCACCAGUGGCUCCGACAGCUCUGCGUCUGACAAGAUCCCAGGUGACUUCCACAGCCCCAAUCGGCUGAUGGAGCCACGCAGGAGGAAGCGACUGCAGAGACGGAGAGUGAGGAAUGGCCUGCACCAAACCAACCGGAGCCGCACCAGCGUCCCGGCUGGGACUCGCAGGCAUCCUGUUCUUCCUGGUAUCCAGAGUGGAGGUGGCAGGGCAGGAGAAAAGCCCAGAGCCAGCUCCAAUGUCACCUUCCCCAGGGCAGCUGGAGCAGGGAAUGGCCCUCGUGCCAUCGCAGGAGAGAUGCCUGGAGCUCACUCUGGAGUGGCCCUUCCCACUGAAGCAGGGAAUGGCUGCUGUGCCACCAUGAGAAGGCAUCAGCUGGACAGUGGCACAAGUGCUGUGACACACCGCAAGCCACCGCUGAGCCCCUGCCACCGUGGUGCCACCAGCGGCUAUUCCCGAGAUCCAGCAGUGGGAAGGAUCCUGGGGCCAUCCUGGCAGCGGGGCAGGCACAGGCCCAGGGACAGGACACGGCCCCUCACUGUCCCUGCAGUGGCCCCACGCUGCUGCGCCUGUGCUCGGCAGUAAAGACGCUCCCACCUCCAUGUCUGUGCCUGUUCUCAUUGUGAUGUCCCCUCAGGGGCCCCUUUGUCCCCGAGCCCGGCCAGAAUCCUGCUGGCACCCAACACCGAGCCGCCAUGGUGUCAGCCUAUGCCUGUGGUGUUACCUCGGGCCCUGCCACCAAGGUGUCACCUCUGUUGCCUGGUGUCACCUCAGCCCUAACACCAUGGUGUCACCUUGGGCUCUAGGCAUGUGGGUGUCGCUAACUCUGUUGUCCUGGUGUCUCCUCAGCCCUGUCCCCCCGAUGUCCCCACGGUGUCCCCAGUCCCGCAGGCCGCGUUGCCGUGGCAACACCCCCGCGGCGCCGUUUCCACGGCAGCCGCUGCGCUACCAGGGCGCCCCCAGCGGCCGGAAGUGCGUCACGGCGGCGCCGG